AUGGUUGUUUGCUAUAAAACCCGAACACCAUUCGGGCGACUGCACAAGAGCUUGAGGCAAUCGGGUCCCGAACUCAACACAGCAACGAGAGCUCGCGGCAGACGCGACUCGGCCUCUUCCCAUUUGGACCAUCGACGCGAGCGGACGCAUCAGCAGGUAACAUACCAGCGGCUUCACAGCCGCACCAAAACGGCUGAACCACGCCGCCGUCAUAAGAAAACGUCAGAUUCUGACGACGAUGACGACUUCCUUGAUCGAACGGGCGACGUCGAGCGACGUCGACAACGAAAGCAGACCAAAAACACGGCUGAAGUCCACACGUACGAAGAUCUGAUUCGGCGCGAGUCCGAACUUCUGGAGCGACUUGAACAGAUUGAAAGUAAGAUCCAGCAACGGCAAAUGAUUGAAAAGGGAACCCGUUUGCCGGAGAACGAUGAUGAUGUGGAUGAUUUCCUAACAAAGUUAUCGGAAGACAAACCGUACGAUAAGUUUGAAAUUCGUCGGCUGAGGUUGGAAAAGGAUAGGCUUCUCAAGGACCACGUGACACUUCAGAAGCUUAUUAAGAUUGCUAAACCAGUUGAUCUGCCAAGCAUGAAUCAAGGGGCUUCAUGUUCUGGAAGUAGCAAAGAGGCUCUCAAGAAAAAGAUGAUGCCUCUUUUUGGUAAGCGAAACAAGCUUAGCAAGACGUUUGGCAUUAAAAAGACGGAAAUCAAGGUCGGUGGGGUUACAAGUUCUUACGGUGAAGAGGUUGAAGAAGAGGAUGCUGAAGAGGUACAGGACGCACCCGAACAGGACAGGAAACAGGAAUCACUAAAAAAGAAUCCAGAGGAAACGUCAAAGAACAUUCAGGGCCCUGCUUACAAUCCAGAGCAACUUGAACAGCAUCACAAAGACAAUGAAAAUCGGAAGGCCGGAGAGGCGGAAGAAAGUGUUGCCGAAUCGCAAUCUACAAAUGUGGAAAAUCCAGCAUCGACCGAAGGUAACAGAAAGCGCAGGAGUGAGACCGAACUGGAAGACUCGUCAUCUUCGUCCAUCGUUGGUAAAAAGAAGCGAAAUCGGAACCGUACACGAGAACGGAACCGAGACAACGUAGAUUUUGAUGAUGCGGAAGAGAUGCAGAGUGAGGAGAAGAACAUUGAAUGGGUUCCACCGCAGGACCAAACCGGCGAUGGUAGAACUUCGCUUAACGAAAAGUUCGGUUAUUAA